AUGUCGCUACGCAGGAUCUCGCAUCAAGCUACACGGACGGAUAUCUACCAGAACACGGACUACGUUUAUUACAUCGCGGCGAGAAUACUAAACCUUUCUCUGAAUCUUGAAACUCGGAGAAAUAGUUCGAAGGAUCUUCCAGUGAUAUAUGCCAUUACACCAACACACGCACGCAGUCAACAGAAGGCCGAACUUACAAGGCUAUCUCAGACGUUUCUUCACAUGUCCAGUUUUCACUGGAUUGUGGUGGAAGAUUCCAGGAAGAAAUCUCGAAAAUCAGCAAAAGGAGUGGAACAAAGAAACCUCGGGAUAUCUUGGCUGCGGAAAAACGUGGACCUGGAAACUCAGCCUGGUGUUGUAUAUUUUGCUGAUGAUGAUAACACGUACGACUUGCGAAUUUUUGCCGAGAUGCGACGGACUCGGAAGAUUUCUGUAUGGCCCGUUGGACUUGUUGGAGACCUGAGAUAUGAAGCGCCUGUUGUGAAGAAUGGGAAGGUGACUGGUUGGCGGGUGAGCUAUGAUCCAAGUCGAAAGUUCGCUACAGACAUGGCAGGUUUUGCUAUGAACCUUCGUCUUUUCUUUGAACAUCCUGAUCUUCAAUUUUCCCAUUACACACGACCAGGAUCUCAGGAAUCCUAUAUCAUCUCGAAGACCAAUAUAACCUUGAAUGAUCUUGAGCCUCUGGCUGAUAACUGUACAAAGGUACUUGUGUGGCACACUAGGGCGCUACCCCCAAACUUACAAAGGAAGAUAAAAUGAAGGUGAAAUUCGACCAUGGAUCUAACUUCAUUGUUGAAGUAUAGUGAAG